UCCUGGGUUGAAGCUAUGGCACUGAGGAGACUUCUGUUCCUUUUGGCUGGCUUGGUACAAUUAUGUGGCUCCCAAAGAGCAAGUCCUCAUGGAAAAAAAUUUGUCACAGCUUUCAUGCAAAACCACCAGAAAAACCAACCCAAUUCAUCUGACAUUAAAUAUGAGCUGCUCAUUACCGGUCAUCAUCCUGCAACCAUUGUCCGAGUGACAGUAAGCAAGUCUAUGUACCGGAGAACAUUUCCAGUCAACAAAGGCAUGACAACAACAAUUAGGCUCCCAAACACAAUUGAGAUGGUUGGAUCAGCUGUUUUUGAUGGGACUGUGUUCAUUGAAGCUGACAAAGAAAUCUCUGUCUUUGCCCGCAGCCGUGAAGGCUCUUCCAUUGGCACUACCCUUGUGUUCCCAGUCCACCAGCUAGGCAGAGUAUAUUAUGUGGUAACCCCAAAGGAUAGUACUGCAGAUGGUUUCAAGGAAUUUGCCAUUGUAGCUCAGGAAACUGCCACUGAUAUUGAUAUUUAUCUAAAAGGAGAGGUGAUAUACAAUACCCAGGUUUAUUCUGAAGGAAGUAAACUUUCUGUUAAUCUUGGUGCAUUCCAAGCAGUCCAGCUGCAAAGCUCAGAUGAUUUAUCAGGUACCAGGGUGGAAUCAAAGGAACCCGUGGCUGUCUUGAGUGGACACAGCUGUAUUAUGAAAGACGUUGCUUGCAACCAUGUUGUUGAACAGCUGCUGCCCAUUUCAAGCUGGAGCACCUUCUUCAUUGUCCCUCUGCUCCCUUUCGAAAACAGAGAUGGCACUCUGUAUGUAACUGCUUCCCAAAACACUUAUCUCAAAUAUCAACAGGGAGAUAGGCUAAACUCCCAGAACCUGGAACCUGGAGAAGUCGUCCAGUUAAACAAACUUUCUUCUGAGCCAAUUUACAUUUCUGCCAAUUCUGUAAUCCAGGUGCUUUUCUUCUCUACUGGUGGUGAAAGCCAAGGCCAUGGACCAUUGCUCAUUAAUAUUCCAGCUGUUACAAGCUUUUGCAGAUCAUAUGACAUUGAUAAGAUGAGCCAGUUUGAUAAUUAUGCUGUCAUUGUAGCCAAAACCUCAGAACCCAAUGGAAUUGCAAUAGACGAGAUAACCUUUGGGAAAAGCCAGUGGAGAUCAGUCCCAGGGACAGAAUACUAUUGGAGUGAACACAGCUUGGGUGGAGAAGCAGGUGUUCUUUCUUUAGAUGGUCUUGGUAUUCCACUUGGGAUCUUCAUCCUUGGAGUUUCACAGUAUGAUGGCUAUGGCUCACAGGCUCAUUGCUCCUCCUCUAUGAGCUGUCCAGCCAACAGUCACUAUGAAGUCUGCACUGACACUUGCUCCAACCUCUGUGCCAACAUCACAGAACCUCGGCCAUGCCCAGAGACCUGCACAGAGGGCUGCCAGUGUGAUGAUGGAUUUCUGUUUGAUGGCACUGCUUGUAUUCCCAAAGAAAGCUGUGGAUGCUUUAGCAAUGGACACUAUUAUCAACCCCAUGAGUCGGUUCUGCUGAAUGCCUGCCAGGAAAAGUGUACCUGCAUCCCAGGUCAAGGGCUCAAAUGUGAGGCCCACACUUGUGCCACGGAUGAAACCUGCAGCCCUCAAGAGGGAGCCCUGGCCUGUGUUAACAUCCCAUUAUCCUGCCCUGAGAACAGCCACUUUGAAGCCUGUGGAAAUGCCUGUCCAGCAACCUGCUCUGACCGUUCUGCUCCCAGUACCUGUGAUGAUACCUGUGCCCAAAUCUGCCAGUGUGAUGAAGGCUAUGUCCUCAGCAAUCACAAGUGCGUCCUGGUGGAAACCUGCAGUUGCAUUUACAAAGGCAUGAAGUAUAAGGCAGGGGAGGAAUUCUGGGAAGAUGAAGACUGCCAGAGUCGCUGCAAGUGUGAUGCUAAAUUAGGCAAGGUAGUAUGCCAAAAGUCUUCCUGCAAGGCCAAUACAAAAUGCAUUGUGGUCAAAGGCAUCCGGGGCUGUCAUGCUGUCAGCUACAGCACUUGCAUAGGAACUGGAGACCCUCACUAUACAACCUUUGAUGGCAGGAGAUACGAUUUCAUGGGAACCUGCAUUUACCAGAUGGCAGGGGUCUGCUCCAAGGAUCCCUCUCUCACUCCAUUUUUGGUCACCGUGGAGAAUAACAACCGAGGCAGUAAGGAAGUGUCUUUCGCCAAAGUGGUGACCGUGGAGAUCUACAACGUCACCAUCAGUAUGAGCCAAGAGCAUCCGAAGAAGAUCCAGGUCAAUGGCAUCUUUGUGGAACCUCCCUUCUCCUAUGAAAAUAAACUGAGCGUCUACCAGAGUGGAGUCCAUGGCUUCGUCAAGGCAGACUUUGGUCUGCAAGUCAGCUUUGACUGGUACAGCUAUGCCAGGGUCAUCCUUCCUAACACUUAUGCCAAUGCAGUCUGUGGCCUCUGUGGUAAUGCCAAUCAAGAUCCAAAGGAUGACUUUCUCAUGAAAAAUGGAACACAAACAAAGGAUGAGAUUCAAUUUGCAAACAGCUGGAAGGUGAAGGAUAUUCCUGGCUGCUCUCCUGGGUGUACCACAAACUGCCCACCAUGCAGUGAUGCUGAUAAACAAACCUACCAGGGUGCACAUUACUGUGGGAUUCUUACGAAAAAGAGUGGACCUUUCAAGCAAUGCUAUGAUGCCAUUGAUCCUAAACCUUAUUUUGAUUAUUGUGUCUAUGACACCUGUGUAUACCAGGGGCACCAUGAAGCUCUCUGUGGUGCCAUCAGUUCCUAUAUGACAGCAUGUCAAGCUCAAGGCAUCCAAGUUGGGCGAUGGAGAACACCAUCCUUCUGUAGUAUUUCUUGUCCACCUAAUUCCCACUACGAUCUCUGCGGCAGUGGUUGUCCAGCCACAUGCAAGAGCCUCAUCUCAGCCCAAAAGUGUGAUGCUCCAUGCAUAGAAGGAUGUUUUUGUGAUUCUGGAUUUAUCCGCAGUGGGGAUCAGUGUGUUUCAAAAACUGAAUGUGGCUGUUCUGAUCAGGGCAGAUACUACAAGCUGGGAGAAGAGUUUUAUCCCACCACUUCCUGCCUGAAAAAGUGCAUCUGCGUGGACAAUGCCACCAUAGAAUGUUACAAGUUCUCUUGCGGAGCUGAUGAGGAAUGCAAGGUGGUAAAGGGUGUCCAAGGCUGCUACCCCUUAAGCUAUGGAAAUGCCAUUGCAUUGGGUGACCCUCAUUUCAUUUCCUUUGAUGGGAGGCAUUUUUACUUCUAUGGCUCCUGUACUUACACCUUAGCCCAAGUGUGCCAGCACAACCCUCGGCUACAGAACUUCACUGUGCGGGUAGAGAAUGAGAAGAUUGAUGACGGUCCUUUAGUCCUAAUACGGAAUGUGAUGGUCUUCGUUCACGGUCACACGGUAACCCUUCAGAGGGGAAUAAAGUGGCAAACAACGGUGGAUGGACUGUCUUAUACCCUGCCAAUGAAUACAGCUGAUGAGAAAAUCUGGAUCACUCAAGAAGGGAACAAUGUCAUUGUCCAUAGCACCUUUGGCCUCAUAGUCCUAUAUGAUACUUCUUCAUAUGUCCAUAUUUCUGUCCCCACUACCUACAAGGGGCAUAUGUGUGGCCUAGCUGGCAACUUUAAUGGUGAUCAGAAGGAUGACUUCAUGCUACCUAAUGGAAAACUCACUGAAAAUGUGGAAGAGUUUGGGGCUUCUUGGAAGGUCCCUGUGAAUGGUGUAAUUUGUUCUGAUGGCUGUGGAGAGAAAUGUCCCAUCUGCAACAAAGCCCAGAAAACUAAAUAUGAGGCUGAGAACUCCUGUGGGAUGAUCCAGUCCAAGACAGGUCCAUUCAAAGACUGCCAUUCAUUGGUGAACCCUGCAGAAUAUUUUGAACACUGUCUGAACGAUGUCUGUGCAAGCAGUGGGGUUCAAGAAUCCCUCUGCCAAAGUAUUCAAGCCUAUGUAGCAUCUUGCCAGGCAUCUGGGGCCAAUAUUGGAGCCUGGAGAAGCCCUUCCUUCUGUCCUCUCACCUGCCCGGCCCACAGCCACUAUGAACCGUGUACCAGAACUUGUGAUUACAGCUGUGCUACCUUGUCUUCUCCAAAUCACUGUUCAAGGCACUGCUUUGAAGGCUGCCAGUGUGAUGACGGCUACAUGUUUGAUGGAUCUCAAUGUGUAACUAUGAAGCAAUGUGGCUGUAUUUACCGUGGAGUCUAUCUUAAGACCGGUGAGCACAUCUACUCGGAGGGCUGCACGGAAAAAUGUAUCUGCAAGACCGCAGGCCAGCUCAGGUGUAAUGAAAGCAGCUGCCAGAUUGGAGAGACCUGUGCCCUUCAGGAGAGUGUGCGUAGGUGUGUGAAGCUGGAAGCAGAGUGCACACUCACUGCCCAAGGCCAGAUCACUUCUUUCGAUGGUGCCUCAGGGAGAUACUCCUGCGGUGGAGUCUAUGAAAUAGCCUCUCUUUGCGACCAGAACGCCUUCUCCUGGUUCAGGCUGUUAGUGAGCAUUGACAAGGACCGUCAGGUUGGCAUGGUACCUGGAAGGUCUAUCUACUUUUACUUCCCAGAUGGAUCCAUCCUGAUUAAAAACCAAGAAAGGAUAUGGGUAAAUGGUCAGAGAGUAAUGCUGCCAUACAAGAAAAGCUCUAUGUCCAUGAGGAGAAUUCAAGAUAUAAUUGUUAUUGACCAGGAUGCUCAAGUGCAGGUUUAUCUCCAUCCUGAUGGAAUGGUGACAAUGAGAGCCAAGGAGACCCUCAGAGGAAAGCUAUGUGCCCCAUGUGGAAACUUCAACAGAGACCAUUUGGAUGACUUGAAGCUGUCCAGUGGAGAAAAAACAAAUAAUUUUGAUGAAGUUCUCAAGUCUUGGGAGGUGGAAAAUUACUAACUCCUUUAAAUUGCUCCAUAGACUGUUCCAUCUGAGCUUGAGAUUUGGUCUGAACAGACUAUAGCAAAGCAAAAUGGAAGCCCAACAUUUUGUGUACCACAUCUUCUGACACUUGUGUGUGGGAAACAACACUCUUGCAUGUUCCAGAGUCUCAGCUUCCCUUUGAAGGUGACCCCUGAACCUCCUGCAAGAGUGAAAUGUCAGAAUCCCUAAACUCGUUAAUAAGACUUUCAGUGGAACAGAGAACUUGAUUAAUUACUGCAUAUCAUUUCUGGAACAUUAUGCCUCAUCAGGGGGUAAUGUCAUAUCUUCAACUAGGUGGCAGGAUAGAAGAGUCUGGGGCCAAGCUACAACCAUACAAGUUACAUGAGAAAGCUGAGGUCUGCUUGUUACAUUAUCCUUUGGCUAGUCCCUAUAAUUGUGAUUGACACAAAUUUACCCAGUUAAAAAAAUCCAUCACUGGAGCUAUACUUUUAAGUAAAAAACUGUAAUUCUAAACAGGUUAGCCUCUGAAUCCUGAACAAAUAUGAUAUAAAUAAAUAAUACUGCUUAUAUGUUUUGGCAUGUGCACCUAUGUGCACAUUCUUUACUGUGUGUAUGUCAUCAAUCUCUGCAAUGUUGAGAUUGUUUGCUUGGAUUGGACAUGAGGCAGUUUCCAGUGGGACUAUCAAAAACUGCCUCUGAAUUUGGGUUGUCCCAUAUGUUUAUUUUUGUAGUAAGAGGUCACAAAAUAGCCACUCUGGAAGAACUACUGUCAGCCCCACUAGGUAGACUAGACCAGGAAAUCAACUCCACAGGAAAGCUAAAACUACUGUUAUUGAGAUUGGCGAUCAUAGGAGGAUCUCACAAGUCUGAUUGUGCUUUAUGUCCUCCUCCUCCUCCUCCUCCUCCUCCUCAUAGUUCAGUGAAUUAGGGAGGCGUCUACCUGAGGCACUUCAGAAUGUAAUCUUGCUACUCUGGACUUAAAAAAUGUUUCAGCCCCUUUUGCCUGGGUAAUGGUUCCUGCAUCUCUCUGUCAAGGUCAUCUCCCUUACUCUCUACAACUAUACACUUUAGCUGCAGAAUGCAUUUGUUUAUGGUUGGGUAUAUUGUGCAAAUACAGAAGAUGAAUUAACUCAGUAAACAUGUGUGUUGUAUGAAGUCAGACUAUGGCUUAUCAUGCUAGCUUGGCUCAGUAAAUAUGACAAGAAACUACCCAACUGCAUUUAAGCUUAGCCUGGAUAUAGUGAAGUUGAUCCAAGUUAUACUUAAUUCUAACUACAGCAGUGAUUGGUGGGAAAACAUUGUCCACCACACUAGAAAAUAAUAAAAUACUUUAAGCAAUGCAGGGUUGACUGCAAAUCACCCAUAAGCUUUGUCUCCCCUACGCUCCUCCCCACACCCUCUCCCCUCCAAAUUUCCCACCUGAAAUUGCAACUUCACUUUUGUUUAAUAUUCACUUGUUUAUGCA